CGCUGCAUGAUGGGAGUGACGGCUCCCGUCACCGAGGAGUCGGCAGCGGUCUUGGGCUGUGGUGACUCGAAAGCGAGACCCAGGCUCCCUUUUCUCCCCCCACGCGGCUCUGUGCUGCUCUGGGGGCAUCCUGGGAAAACCGGACGCCCUGCCCUAAAGCAUUGUGGGAGUCUGGCUACUAGUCAUUAAUGGUCUGGAGCAUUCUGGGAUUAUGCUAGCUUCUUGCGGGGAACCGUCUCUUUUGUCACACGCCUUCCGCUGAGCGUCCUGGAAGCUUGGAGUGCUUUGACGAAGAGCGCCUUGGAAGGUGGUCGUUACAGGCCGAAGGCAUCCUGGGAGAAAUUGCAGUAGCAGGGCACUGUGGGCACUGGUCCUUACAGUACUAAGGUCUUUCCUUCCCCUGUCCAGCAUCCCUCUCUACGAGCCGACGUCUGCAUUAGAGGACCUGUGGCCAAGGUGUGGCUGUGCAAAGCUGGCCAGGGAGGGACACUGCCCAGCUUCUGCUCUGCUCCUGUCUCCUGUCCCCUCCCCCCGCCAUGACAGAGACCCGUGAGCCAGCUGAGACUGGGGGCUACGCCAGCUUGGAAGAAGAUGAUGAGGACCUUUCUCCAGGCCCCGAGCAUUCCUCUGACUCCGAAUACACUCUCUCAGAGCCAGACUCCGAAGAGGAAGAUGAGGAAGAAGAGGAGGAGGAGGAGACCACUGACGAUCCUGAAUAUGACCCCGGCUACAAGGUGAAGCAGCGCCUGGGCGGGGGCCGUGGGGGCCCGUCCCGCCGGGCGCCCCGUGCGGCCCAGCCUCCUGGCCCCCCAGCCCAGCCCUGCCAGCUCUGUGGCCGCUCACCCCUUGGGGAGGCCCCUCCGGGCACCCCACCUUGCCGGCUCUGCUGCCCUGCGGUAGCCCCCCAAGAAGCGCCAGCCCCUGAAACCCGGGCCCUCGGGGAGGAAGAGGGGGCCGCACCUCGGGCUGGGGAGGGCCGACCCACCGGGAGGGACGAGGAGGAGGAGGAGGAGGAAGAGGAGGGCACCUACCACUGCACCGAGUGCGAGGAUUCCUUCGACAGCCUCGGCGAGCUGCACGGGCACUUCAUGCUGCACGCCCGCGGGGAAGUGUAGGCAGAGCCCCACUCGGGCGCCUGGUGGAGGGUGGGGCGGGG